CGCUGCACUUUAUUACAGGAAAUCCCAAUAUUUUCGGAAACGUCACAAUGAGGAGCGGGAAAAGAACAAGCUAAAUACGGGCAAUACCCUGCCGGAAGGAGUCGACCUUCCUCCUCCGCUAACCGGACCAUUUAAAAUAAUUCGAAACCGAAAACACUUUAAUGGGCUUCGUUGUUGCGUCACCUCUUGAAAGAGCUAUUGGCUCAUUCCUCCGCCUACAGCAUACGUUACAAAUGACAUAAAAAGUUUCAAUCAUGACCAGGCACUUCAGUUCAUUUCAACAGCUGCUUCGGGAUUCAUUUGAACGCGUUUGCGUUAAUAAAAAACGUUUUUAGCAAGAACUGGUGGUUAAUUCUCAUGUGCAAGUUAUAGAACGAAUUCAACUGUUAGCGGAAUACUCAUCCGUUUAUUUAGAGAUGCCGGUUGCCUUCAUGGACAACUUUGACCGAAGCAGCCCUUUCUCGCAAAGUGAUUCGCAAAGUCCUCAAGACUGGACGACAGAACAAACAGGUGAACAUAAGCAUCAGCGCAGAGACAAGAACAGAGAUGCAGCUCGCAAGAGUCGCAGAAAACAGACGCAAAAAGCAGACGUGUUGCACGAGGAACUCCAAACUCUAGAGCAGUCCAAUGCUGCAUACCUGAAAGAAAUCGCCGAACUGAAGAAAGAGCUUCAAUUCUAUACCACUGCUUUGGAACAACACGAACCUCAUUGCAUUAAACUGUGCCCACAUGGUCCACCAGUAUCCAUGACUGUUCAAGGAUGUCCAUCCACAGCUACACCCCCUCCCUCAGAUAUCCCUGAUCCUAACCCCUUGCCCUUGGACCUUGAUUUUUUCUCGGGCUCUCCACAUAAUUCAACGGAAAUGUCAUUAACAGAACUCAUUGACAGUAGCGAAUUUUCUCCGUGGGACAUUGUGAAUGGUGUUGGCUACUUGCCGCAAAUUUAAAACACAAACCUCAGUUGCAUUGUUAUUUGGUCACAUGCUAUACACACUACAACAUACUGCACACAGUCUUUAAUGCUGUUCAUUUACAUUACAUUACUGGUACUCGAAACCAUGUCCAUACUAGGUGUGAAUAUGUUAAUAAUAUUGUUCUAAUUUAUUUAAACCAUUUUUACAGAUGAGUAAAAAAAAGUAUUUAAAAAGUAUUUAAUUUACAUGUAGCUAUAACACGGCAUUAUAUGUAAUGGACAUCUAAAGACCAUGGCCCGCUUGGCCCAAGUUGUUUUUUAU